AGUACGCAAACUCCAUGGUUUCAAGGCAUACUGGGAGAAAGUCUCCGGCUCUUCAUUGGCCACGUAGGAGAAGCUGUGGUUUGUGUAAAAGCGCGGGCUUUAACGCACGUACGCACGGAGACUGCGCAGAUCUCCUCGUCUGAGUUCCGCGGAACUCAUUUUGAGUGUAGGCGUUUUAGCAGGUAGGGUUUAAGAACAGUUUCAUUUCCGGAGCCACCGGAAGCAGCUUGCAAAUGGCGUCUCCCUCGCUGGAGCGGCCAGAAAAAGGGGCUGGAAAAAGUGAAUAUCGUAACCAGAAGCCGAAGCCGGAGAACCAAGAUGAAUCAGAACUCCUUACGGUUCCUGAUGGUUGGAAGGAACCAGCUUUUUCCAAAGAGGACAAUCCCAGAGGACUUUUGGAGGAGAGCAGUUUCGCAACUUUGUUCCCAAAAUACAGGGAAGCUUACUUGAAAGAGUGUUGGCCAUUGGUGCAGAAAGCCUUAAAUGAACAUCAUGUUAAUGCAACCCUGGACCUGAUCGAAGGCAGCAUGACUGUUUGUACUACAAAGAAGACUUUUGAUCCAUAUAUCAUCAUUAGGGCCAGAGAUCUGAUAAAACUGUUAGCAAGGAGUGUUUCAUUUGAACAGGCAGUACGAAUUCUUCAGGAUGAUGUUGCAUGUGACAUCAUUAAAAUAGGUUCUUUAGUAAGGAAUAAAGAGAGAUUUGUAAAACGAAGACAACGGCUUAUUGGUCCCAAAGGAUCUACAUUGAAGGCAUUGGAACUCUUAACUAAUUGUUACAUUAUGGUUCAGGGAAACACAGUUUCAGCCAUUGGACCUUUUAGUGGCUUAAAAGAGGUUAGAAAAGUAGUCCUUGAUACUAUGAAGAAUAUUCAUCCAAUUUAUAACAUUAAAAGCUUAAUGAUUAAGAGAGAGUUGGCAAAAGAUUCUGAAUUACGAUCACAAAGUUGGGAGAGAUUUUUGCCGCAGUUCAAACACAAAAAUGUGAAUAAACGCAAGGAACCAAAGAAAAAAACUGUUAAGAAAGAAUAUACGCCAUUCCCACCACCACAACCAGAAAGUCAGAUUGAUAAAGAAUUGGCUAGUGGUGAAUACUUUUUGAAGGCAAAUCAGAAGAAGCGGCAGAAAAUGGAAGCAAUAAAGGCUAAACAAGCAGAAGCCAUCAGUAAGAGACAAGAGGAAAGAAACAAAGCAUUUAUUCCACCUAAGGAAAAACCAAUUGUGAAACCUAAGGAAGCUUCUACUGAAACUAAAAUUGAUGUGGCCAGCAUCAAGGAAAAGGUUAAGAAAGCAAAGAAUAAGAAACUGGGAGCUCUUACAGCUGAAGAAAUUGCACUUAAGAUGGAGGCAGAUGAAAAGAAAAAGAAGAAAAAAAAGUAACAUACCCAAAACUCCUUGACUAGAACUAUCUCCUUUUGUAAAGGAUUUUGAGAUAUCAGGCAUUAGUUGCCUUAUUUGUGAGAAAUUUUCUGAGGGCUUUUUUUUUUUUUGGUGGUGGUGGUGGUGGUUCAUAGAAGAGUGUUCUUUAUAAAUUAUAUUAUUAUUGUAUUUUUUGAAAAAUUUAUACUAGAAAGUGGUAUAUAUGUCUUUGUAUACAUUACGACCAUUGUGAUUAUCCAUUAAAUCCAGUGUCUGAUGCUAUUGGUUAGUAAUGAUGUCCCAGCAUUUGAUGUUCCCUCUCUAAUGAUUGAUAAUAAGUAAAUAUUUAGGUUUAUCCCUUUUGAAAGUUUGGUUUUACUUUUAACAGUCCAUGAACAGAAAAUUAAGGCCUCUAAAAUCAGAUCCCCUAGUUACUCCUCUGUUCUGAAUCUGGGGAAGUAGUAAACCAAAAAGACAGGGAAAACCAGAUAUUUAGAGUCGAAGCAGCAUGCAAAAAAUAAUAAUGUUUUUAACUAAUGAAGGCUACUGGAGUUACUAAGAAUCACCUAAAAAUGUGCUACUGUACCUUGCUCAUUUCCUUGCUCAUUUUGCAGAUUUAGAAGCUGAAACAUGGGUUAGGUUACUUACUAAAAGUCCACCUGUGGCAACCUGCAAAUAAUGCUUAUUUAUAGUAAAGAUGAGUUUAUCUGAUAGAGUUAGGAAAUUUCUUCUUUUGAGUAAGAGUAUUGCUAUAACAUAUAUUUUUUUCUGAAAUGUUUUAAAAUAGAAGUACACCUAAUUGUUAUUGGUUAAAAAAAAGCCAUAUGUGAAUAAGGUUGGUUUUUGGGUUUUUUCUUUCCUGAAUUGUAUUAGUCCAAAAGAACUAAAUUAGGGUACUUGUGCUGUACCAAAAUGGUAAUUAUAACAGACAGUAUUAGAAUUACUGAAUUAACAAUGAGAAAGAGAGAAGUGUAUCUGUUACGUGGAUAUAUGGGCCAGCCUGGAUAUACAACAGAGUAGUAACCUGUGAAACAAACAUAGAAUACCCUCUUAGACAUUGUUCCUCAUAAUGCACUGACAGAAUUCACAUAGCUCUUAAUGAAACAAUUUAAGAUUGAUGUACGUACGUUUGACUUGGUCUCGCUGUCGGUUAACUGUAAAAAGUUAGGGGGAAGAAAGAAAAAAAAUUAAAAGGGUAGAUACAGUUGAUUAAAAGGGUAGAUACAGUUGAGAGUUUUAUUUUAAAAAGCUAAGUCUUAUAAUUAUGACCAUUAACUUGUUUUGGCUUUAUUGCAGUGACUUUCCAAGUUUAAUUAUUCAAAACUUUUUGAACUGACUGAAUUAACUUGGUAUUUUUAAGUUGACUUUUUACAUAAACUUUAUAAACCUUUUAUAAAAAGGAAACUAUACCAUUACUAUAAAUGGAAAAUCAUUUUACACAUCAUACCUAGCAGGUAAUAAAAUUUAAAAAAUAAAAAUUAAAUAUUAGAAUGUGAGAAAUUUAUUAAAAUAUAGUUCUAAAAAUAAGUUUCUUCCUGAGAAGAAUGAUACUGUUUAUGAUGAAUCCAUAGUGAAAAGACAGUGACCUCUCUUUCAUCCAGUCUAGUAUAUCACUAAAUCAUCAUUACGAUGUUUGGCUAUCAAGUCAUUAAUUACUGUCCUCCUUUCACUGAGCUUUAUUCAAAUUUUGACAAUCAGAGCACUGGGAAGAAAUAAAUUCCACAACUGCCUUUAGCCUUCUGGAUACUUUCUUUUAUAAAAUAGAAACCUUUUCCACACCAAUUCUGCAGCAGUCACUAUUAGAUGCUCGUGGUAGAACCCAUCAAUCAUCUGGUCCUCUGGGUACUGUGAGCAUCCCUGGUCUUCAUACCUGUGAGUGGGCUUUGUGGUGAAUUACUGUAAAGAUGCUACCCUCACUUUUCUUGGCAGUUAUGUCCAUGAAAUCAAGAGUGUGAUGUUCUAGUUAUUUUUUCUUAUAUAUAUUUUUAAAUGUUCAAUAUUCAACUAUUGAAACAAAUGUACAUCUGUGAACUAGCUAAAAUCAUCUUAUGUACCACUAAUAUGCCCAGCACAUUUUGUAAAACAGUCCUGAUUUGGCCUCCAAGGGUAUUUAUUGAACUACCAGCAGUAUCUAGGAGACCACGAAGGAAUACCACGAAGGAAUUUACGCUCCAGUGCUUGCCAUAAUUUGUCUGAGAAGGAAUCUGUUAAAUAAAAGCUUUUAUCCUCUAACCUUUACCUUCAUCAGACCUUACAAAAGGUCAAAUGGUGAUUCUUAAGUUUUUUAGUCACAAAUCUUACUUAUUCAGUAUUAGUGCGAAGAAUAGAAUACUUUCAAGUAAGCCUAAACUUACAUGAAAACAAAUUACAUAAAUCUAGCUUUGAGAAUAGGAAAUUAGUGACAAGAUCAAUCUGUAAGAUGUUGAGCACUUAUCUGAAGUAAAUGGGUAAUGAGUUUCACAUCUUAUAAAUACAAGUUAGCAUGUGUCUUCUCAAGAGUCCAAGGGUUUUCAUUAUUGGACUACAGCUUUAAUCUUCUAAAUGUUAUUCCCCAAGAUUAAAGAGCAUCUCAGGUUAGAUCACCAAAGAUCAAAAGCUAAAACCAGAAGUAUUUUUGUCAUUGUGGUGGUGGUAGUGUUACUAAUUGCCUAGAUUUUUAAAGGGAAACAAUUUUUUCACUCGGUUGUUUCGUUGAAAAAAAUAGAAGCAGAAACUUGCCCAAAGUCACAGUGGUCAAACUGGAAAUUGCACCAAAACUUGGCAUACUGGUUCUGAAAUCCAUAGUUUUAGCCCUUAUGUAUACUGGUUAAUUUGGAAGGAAGAAAUAUAUAUGUUUUGAAGUGAAGAGUGAGUGAAAGGAAGAAUUCAGUGAAUACAUUGAUACCUUGAUAUUAUCUGCAUUGUGGCUACAUGUUACUUUUCUUCACAAGAGUGAUAUAAGUGAAAUAAAGAAUGAUUGGACUGGGAGAAAAA